GGAGAAUGAGGGAAAAGACAGCCCACAAAGGAUAACAUUACUUCAUUUCCUGCUAAAUUGCAGUGAAAAGUCAGUCUCUCUCAUUGCCUCGGUCAGCCUGCUGCUUUUGCUCCCUUGGUCUGUCACCAAGAAUCUCUUUCUUCCCAAGAUCAAAAUGAGGGCUUGGAUGGUUCUCCUCCUGUGCCUUGCAGGCAAGGCACUGGCUGCCCCAGAGGGUCUUGUGGCUGAAGUCGAUGUUGUUGAGGAAACUGAACAAGAGGUAACAACUGAAGAGGUCAUCAUUGAAGACUUUACAGAGGAAUCACCCGUUGGAGCCAACCCCGUCCAAGUUGACACAGGCGACUUUGAGGACGUCGAGGAGGAUACGACAAAAGACUUUGAAGCCGAGAACCCAUGUCAAAACUACCACUGCAAGCGAGGAAAGGUCUGUGAGCUUGAUGAGGACAACAUGCCCAUGUGCGUCUGCCAGGACCCCACUUCCUGCCCACCCAGCACCGUCACAUUUGAGAAGGUGUGUGGUACAGACAACAAGACCUUUGACAGUGCCUGCCAGCUGUUUGCCACCAAGUGCGCAUUGGAGGGCACCAAGAAGGGACACAAACUCCACCUGGAUUACAUCGGGCCAUGCAAAGAAAUCCCAACCUGUGGGGACGCUGAACUGACAGAGUUCCCCCUCCGCAUGCGUGACUGGCUGAAGAAUGUUCUGGUAACUCUGUACGAGCGUGACAGCGAACUGACCAACCUCCUGACAGAGAAGCAGAAGACGAAGGUCAGGAAGAUGUAUGAGAAUGAGAAACGUCUCGAGGCUGGAGAGCAUUCCUUGGACCUGUUGGCUCAUGACUUUGAGAAGAACUACAACAUGUACAUCUUCCCCGUCCACUGGCAAUUUGGACAACUUGAUCAGCAUCCAAUUGACAAGUUCCUGUCUCACUCUGAGCUGGCUCCUCUGCGGGCGCCUCUCAUUCCAAUGGAACACUGCACCAAUCGCUUCUUCGAGGCGUGCGACACCGACAGUGACAAAUACAUUUCCCUCAACGAGUGGACCAUGUGCUUCGGUAUCAAAGAACAGGAUAUCGAUGAGAAUCUGCUGAUCUAAGCUCCUCAUCUCUCUGCCUGUCGCUACCAAUUACUACCCCUCCAGAAGUGGUGCUAUGUAGAGCUCGACCACAUUUAAUGGUGCUACAUUCAUUUAUUAUCCAUACCACUGUAACACACAGUGCCUGUGCUUCCAAUAACACAUUGUCAACAAAAAUUGUACAUCUUCCUCCAAAAUAUCCAAUUUAGGCCCAAAUCCUGUGUUGAUUUUUUUUAAAAAAAUGAUGUAUCCUUAUUAAAUUUCAGAGUAACUUGGUAAUGUGUUAAGCUAACAGUAUUAUCUGAAACCUUGCCUGUGGCAAACAAAAUUGUGUACACUAAAUUAACCCUUUAAUGUCCGAAAGCGAAGAAGGUUGGGGGUGGGGGGGGGGGGUGGUUUCUUUUUGCUUUGUAACGGUUUGUUAAUUUUGUAGGCGUUGGAGAAUUAAUUUGAGUAUGUCGUCAGUUUUUUUUUUAAGGAUUUGCGAUGAGGGCAGCGGUGUUAAAACGAUGUGAUUUGAUCUCAAAAGGGUUUGUGAAGACACUCACACACACACACACAUACACACUCUCAUUCACACACGCUCUCAUUCGUACUCACACAGAGAAAAAAAUGGACACCUAUUAAAAUGUUAAGAUGCAAGUGAGGUUGAAUGUGGAAAAUGAUCAUGCCAGUUGGAGAAACUCUACCUCGAGCGUUCCCUUUUGCUAUCUGCUAACACGUGGGAAGCACACUUUCAAUACUUCCUCUUCCUAAUAAAAGAAUAAUUAAAACAAAAUCUUUCUUGCAUGCA